AUGAUAUACUUCGAAGCUAACGUUACCACCACAGCAGCACCUUCUAUGUACCCGCAAGACCACCCACAUCAGCAACAACAGCAGCAGCAUCACCAACAACAACAACAGCAACAACAGCAGCAACAACAUCAACAACAACCUCAGAACAACCAACCUCAAAUUCACUCGGAAGUGGAAUAUGAAAGCGAUGCAAAUUCUGUGCUUUCAAAAUUCAGUGACCAUGACCUUCAAGUUCUCAAACAGCUUUUAGUUACCGGAGAAAAAAAUAAGUGGAAGCAGAUUACUAAAGAUAUCAAUACCCAUGCUCUGAUGAGGAGAAAUGGAGUAACUGACGUGAAUGAUUUACCACCAGACUCUCAAGUUUCCUCGCCUACUGACGACUCAUUCAACGGUGGCAGAGGUGAUGGAAAUGGAAAUUCCAAAAAUGUUUCUCCAACUUUCGUAAUUAAGCAGUACCAAUCCCUUCUUGGAUUACCAAAUAACCAGCUUUAUUUCGGAUCCCUAGGAUCUUCUUUGCCGUAUGUUGUAGCAGAGAGAGGAUGGGAUGAUAUCCAAGAGAGCGAAAAGGGGAACUCAUUGCAAUAG